CAACGGUUAGAACAGAAGGCGAGCUAGAUCGCGACCGGUGGUUUGAUGCGGCGGCUUUGGCUUUCUGUACCGGCGAGGGAGGCUACAGGUCCCAAACCCUAUAAAAACCCUUCUUCUUCGAUUCGAGGGCCCUUGUGGGUUUAGGACCGGCCCUGAAUACAUGGGAGACCAUUCAAAUAGAAAGAAGAAGCACAGGCAAGAGGAAGAUUCACCCACAUCACCUUCAUCAUCACACACUUCAUCCGAAACAUCUGAUUCAGAAAUUGAGAGGCACAGAAGUAGAAGGAAACGGCGGGGCAAUGAGAGGCGCAAGGUUUCUUCUAAAAGAGACGAGGGUAAGGACAGAAAACGAAAAUGUAGAGACAAAAAGAGCCGGAGUAAGCGAAAGCAUGGAAGGGGUAAGAGUAAUAGUCGGAAAUCAAAGCAAGAGUAUUCUUAUUCGGACGAGUCUGGCUCUGAUCUCACCGGAUCCGAAUCUGAAGAUCCUGACGGAUCAAGGGAGGAUCCCAAUGACGUGGUUCUCAGGAUUUUGGAGGACUUCCCUAGUGUAGCUGGUGAGUUGGAGCAGCUUCUUACAAUGAUUGAUGAUGGACAAGCUGUUGACAUAAGUGGUUUGUCAGAAAGGUUAUUGGUUAAGCAUUUGAGAAAGCUGUUCCUGUCCUUAAAGCUUAAUCAGAAAGGUGAUCUUGUCUUUCUACUACCAUCAAAGGCGUGUCCUACGUUGGAACGAGUAGGAUCCACAAUUAACUUCCACACACAACUUCGGAAUCAACAUCAUGAUAAUUCUGCAUUGCAGAAUGAUAAGCAUUCAAAAUCACCAGAUUCUGAUUAUCAACAGAAAAGCUAUAAUGCAGACAUGAGCUUUUCGAAUGUUGAUGCUGCCACUUAUGAUGCUAAUUUAUGUCUGCCAAAUGAACAACUAUCUGGACCAAAAAAGAGGAUGAUUGGUCCGGCAAUGCCAUCUGCUGAAUUACUUGCCGCAGCUGCCAAACUAACAGAAGCACAAGACGAGCUGAGGGAGGCUGAGUUGGAGGAAGACAAUGGAAUCUUUAUUGGACCUCCACCUCCUGCAGUGGUGACCGAAGCAGAGUCUGCCAAUGAAGCAGAGCGUUUUGAAGAGGUUACUAGAAUCAUGGGAGUUGAGACAGAAAAUGCCUAUGAUGUUUUGGGAGUGAACAGAAAUAUGGCAAGUGAAAGCAUGAAAAAGAGGUACUGGAAGUUGUCUCUUAUGGUGCACCCCGACAAGUGUUCUCAUCCUCAAGCUCACCAAGCAUUCGUCAAACUGAACAAAGCAUUUAAAGAUUUACAGGAUCCUGAUAAGAGGAAAGCGCUGGAUGAAAAAAUAAAGCUGAAGGAGGAGGAGGAGGAAAUGAAGGCAGAUUUGCGAGCUAUGCGUGAAGCUGCACAGUGGAGACGUUUGCAAGGUAUAUCCAUGGAGGGUGAUGACAUACUGUUAGCAGAAAUGGAUGUAAAAGCAGCACCCAAAAGAGAUGAAUGGAUGACAACACUGCCUCCCGAAAGAAAACCUGGUGGGAUGACAAUGCAUUCGACAACGUUUAGCAAGAAUUCCAAGGAGGGGCGUGGUGAUACUAGUGCCUGGACAGACACUCCUUCUGAGAGAGCACUGAAAGCCAAGAUGAAUUAUCUAGAAGCGUACAAUGAGGCGGCUGCACUUGCCUCAAAAGAAGAGGGCAUUAAAAGGGGAAGCGCAGAUGCUGAGCUUGUGGACCAGUACAACAAGGCGAAACGGUCAAAAUCUUUGGUCGAAAAGCAUAUUCACGAACAGGCUGCUCAGAGCAAGUCCAAGAAAAAAGCAAAAAAGCAUGAGGCGGGGGAGAAAGAGGAGUGGGAAGGAAACCACCCCUGGAGGCCGUGGGAUCGCGAAAAGGACCUCACUGCCGGAAGGCAAAGCGUCAAGCUUGAUGCCGAGAACAUGGCUCAGGGUUUGACUUCCAGGUUUUCUUCUCCCUCUUUCCAGAGGAACUUCCUUUAGACUCAAGAAGGGCCAGGUACCUUUUUGUUUUUCUCAACCUGUGUUCAUCUAGGUUUUAACAUACAUACUUAACACAUGUUUCCACUGAAGGGUGGAUUGAUAAAUAUUUAUGUCCAUUUCAAGUUUCAACCCGCUGCCAUCGUUAUGAAAUAAGUAGUAUUAGUUUGAGAUCAGUUAUGAAAUAUUCCUUUAUGUGCCAUUGAGAUUUUAAGACUUGUGUACUCCCAUUAUGAAACUUAUUAUCACUAUUAUAUAUUGUGUUUACUUUCAAGUCACAACUAGAUAUAUAACACCCACUCCAAUACAUAGAUAAAUUAUCAUGUAGGAACUAUCUGUUCUUUAAAAUGUCAUAUUUUAAUGACUAAAUGCCUUUGUCAGAU